AUGAACAGAAUAAUAAGCUUUAUUGUAGGAGCAGUGGUGGUACUGCUGGGUUUAAUAGCAGUAGUGCUGAGAAUGACUCAAAAAGAGCCAGAACUCAGGGAAAACUUCACAGAUGUUAUAGAAGAAUUUGUCAAGAACGAUGGCUUUAUUUUACAUGAGGACGUAGACACGGAUAGAUGCAGCCUCACAGAAGAGGAAAGACAUUUGAUCUAUUCAAUAUACAGUCUUAAUCAAAUUAACCAUCUUAAGUUAAACAUAAACAGCACUGUAGAGGCUGGAAAUGAAACACUGAAUCCAACGCCAGAACAGGUCAUGAGUGCUCUAAAAGAUAAAAGCAAAAAGGCAACUUUUGUUUUUACAACAGGUGCAUUAGAUGCUCGUUCCGGAGUGAAUAAAGCAUUUUCAAGAAUUACAAAAGAGAAAACGUCAUAUGCCGACUCCAUUCUAAUGACUAAGUCAGUAGAAGACUGGAAGCGCGCGCUUGAAACUUACGAUGCAGAUGAAGAAGAGUUAGCGGCUGAAUUGGAGAAAAACAAUAAAAAAGAUGAUGAUGAAAGUGCGUACGCUGUUCUAGAACAUUAUUUGCAAAAGCCGUUCGAAGACUUCAUAAAGGCCUUCAAGCUCAUGUGCAGAUCUGACAUCUACAAAGAUAAAAUACUGGUAAAAGAGUUCACUACUGAAGCAGAUGUGAAGAACUUCUUCCUCGUGAAUUAUAAAAACAAUCUAGACGAGGAGGAAUUUGCAGCUGUAGUAGACAAAUGGAAAAAAGAAAAAGAAUUUGAAGAAACAAAUAAAUGCAAAGAAUGGGGCUGGACAAAUGCAAUUACUAUAACCAACAAUUCAGACCCUGAUGAUUCAGAAACUGUGCUAGUUGCCUGCGAAUUAGGCGGGGCCUUAGGGUGCACCAUGAGCAGGCCUCUGGAAUUCAAGCUAGACAACAGGUAUGUUACAAUGCUAGUGCACUUGAUGUGUGGAAAGACAUUCCCCACCUCAGGAACAAAAUACGAGCAUUUUGCACUGCUAACGAACAACUAUGAAAAAGUUAAUAACGAAAAGUACGCAGCUGAAGUGUUCAAGCUAGCCAUAAACAGAGACAGAGCUCCUGUUAUAAAAGGGUACAAUGUGAAUGAAAGCAAGAAUGGCAAAGCAAACUUAAAAGCUGCUCAUGAAGCAGUAGUAACUUCAAACAAACUUAAUGAAGUUCUGGAUAGAUUAUUCGUUAAGAGAGAUCGGUUGGAUAUUCUUUACAUAAAGUUUUAUGAAAAUUCACUGGGCAUUCUAGGAUACAUUCUUAAAGAAAGCGAAUACGUGGAGCAAGACCAUGUGAAGGACGUAGAACACAUGCCUGUUUUCCUGCCAUUAAAUCUGACGCCUAAGCGUUUUACGACACCAGGCGGAGUCUAUCCUUUGUAUCUGACUGUCAAUGAAAACGAAAAAGAUGGCACAGUGCCUAAGAAUCAAAAAGCACUGGAAAGUCUUUCAAAAAUCAAUGAGGCUCCCAUAGUGAUGUGGAAGAACAUAAUUGAAAGUACUGAUUUAAUGGGAGAUAGUUACGAGCAACGGGUGUUUUACAUUCGAAUUAUUAAGUCGCUAUUGCCAAAGAAGCUAUUAAACAAGCUGAACAAAAUCGAAGAAAUCAAGAAAAUGCCUGCGGGAGACGACACUAUCAUUCUUACAUACAGUAUAAGAAUGCCUUCAACUGAGAGCUACCAAAAAAGCACUGAUUUGUUCGAGGGCUAUGAUUUGCUUAACCUGCUAGCAAACUUUUCUGCGUAA